AUGGAUGUUCAACAAACAAAAAAUGUGGAAGUGAAAAGUCUCGUACAUCGGAUUGUGAACGAUAAAAAGAGUUAUUCCAAAGAUGAACGCCUUGCUGCAUGCGAACAACUUCAGCAAACUUUAACGCUUGCUAGUGAUGUUACUAAUAUUGGAUAUGAUUGGAAGAAAUUGAUCGAAGAUUUGUUACACUGCAUUAAAACUCGACAACAGAUCGAAGUGAAACGCUGUGUUUCUGAUUGUCUUGGAUCUUUGGGCUGUAUCAUGUUUUCACAGUAUAAUGAAUACCUAAAAAUAAUGCUAAGUGAAGCGAAGCUUAUCCCUGACAAAUAUGAAGAUGACAAGGCGCUAGUAUUGAAGGCUGUUUUUUCGUCACUAAAUAUGAUUGGAACUUUUGCAUGGCAGUCUCGUAUUAGGCCUCAGGAUAUCGAUGCACUUAUGACUGCAAUCAAGAACUGGCUUGAAGUUAACGAUUCUUCCGUCGUGCUUAUAUCAUUAUUGGAUACCUGUUUAGCUGUUUCCAAAUAUUUUCCUGCAAUCUUUAAGCAUAGCUUUGAUGACAUAGUCGAUUUUACGGUGGGAUGGUAUAUUGAACCAGAACAACCGAUUGCAGUGUUAGAUAAAUGCCAUCAGAUGCUUUUUGAACUACGUCCUUACUGGCAUAGUGCUGUACCGGCUGCAGUAACGCUUAUGAAACAAUUCCUUGAUGAUGCAAGUGCAUAUAUUGAGGAUAUCAAGGUGAAUGAAUCGAAACCAGAAAAUAUGCUCGCAAAAACAGCCGCGAUCUUGCGGGCUUUAAUAACAAUGCUCGAAGUAAUGAAUACUGCUGUCAGUCCACUUGUAUCAGAUUUUACUGAAAAGGUUUUUGGGCGUAUCAUUAGACUCUUAACUCAUCUUGACGAUGUUUUUGCUGCCAAAAUUGGAACUGUGUUUGGAUGUAUGGCUGAAGUUUUAUGUGUAGCUUUAAAAAUAUGUCCGAAGCUUGAUUUUUUGGUUGAUUCAAUGAAGACUUUGAAAAUAAUGCUUGAACAUCCGUCUGUAAACGAAAAGUCGAUGUUAAAGAUACUUGGAUGCAGUGGAAAGAUCAUUGAUAACAUAACACCUGAAAUGGUUGUGGAAAUUGUGAAUUAUGUUGUCGGUGAUGGUGGACCUUUGAAUCAUGUUGUUAAAAGAUCGCAGGAAGUUAUGCAAGCAUAUGGGAAUGUUUUAGGAAAGCUGUUGGCACCGAAAAAUUUGUCGACACUCCAAGUAGCUUAUAAUCAAGUUCGGGAGGAUGUGCGGAACUGCUUAAAUAUGUUGCAAGCAACUGAAGUAGAGGCGUACUGCAAUAAUAGUCUGAUGAUAGAGAAAAAGCUGAUGAUAUAUUUCAAUGCUCUCUACAGUCUUGGAAUCGUUAAAAAUUCACUUAUCGCUAUGAUGGGUCUUUCACCAAGUCUUUUUACAUUCCUGAUGACGGAAACACCAAUCACCAGGAAACAAUUUAUCAUUAAUUAUCCUGGCUGCCAUUAUGCUUUACUUUAUAUUGUCAAAACGCAUAGUGAAAAACAUGAAAAUUUUGUUGCUAAUAGCAGCUUGCUAAUUGAUAAGAACAGUCUAACACUUGUUACUGAGCCAGCAACAGCGAAACAUACUACUAUGAUACUAAAUAUGGUAACGAAACUGCUCGCUGUCGAUGAUUUAUUAUGGGCUGAUACGAGAAAUUUACUUGUUGAUUGGAUUCAUGGCUUGGUUUUCUCACUAACACCAGAUGUCCUGCAACACAUACUUGAUAAAUCAGAAACAGUUGAAAUGAGGGCGGCACUGCUGGAUUCAUUUGUGAGACAUUCACUGCCAAAGAAAACACCACUGGAUAACAAAAUUUCUUGUAAUCCAGAGGCUUUUGUUGCCCAUUGGGGUGCAGCAGCAACAAGUCAUCGAGUUAGACAUUUUACUUUACUUCGACGAUUGGCCGUUUUUAACUUGGUCAAGAAAAGGCCUGAAGUAACUGCGAAAUUCGUUAGACGUAUCUUUGAGCAAUGCCAUUCUGGUUGUCAAAAUAAAAUAACUGGUAUAUGGCAAGCUACUCCUCCAGUACUUUUCAUCAGUAACGGCUUGACUGAGUGUGCGCAAGAUUUGAUGCAGUUUGGGCAACAGAAAAUAUCCGAAAGUUUGUUCACACCCGAGCAUUUCAAGACUAUUGCUGACUUCUUGCUCAAUUCAGUUCUGCCCACAUAUUGCUUCAACAACAUCGACGAUGGAUACUGGAUAUCAGAUACGGCAGCAAUGAUUUAUGCAGAUGCUAUGGGUGAUGUCAAUAAAAAUAAUGACUGUAUAUCUAAAUGGAGAUGGAUUAUUGCCCAAAUGGCCCAGUUUUGUAUAAAUAAUCGCUUGAAAACACCGCUUGGCAAACCACUGGAUACUUUCCUUGCUUUCGAAAACGAAAUACGGCGGUUAGCCAGUAGUGCUCUUUCACGAAAACCAGUACCAAGUGGUAGAAGUGUUAAGGACGAAGUAGUACAGAAAACGGUUACAAUAAGUAGAAGAGGUGUUGUUGAAGAUGAAGAUGAAGCAGAAGUGGAAGUUGAACGUGAGGCGCGUCAGCUAACAACCUCGGAGCAAUGGUGGCGUGUUCGUGCCUUGUUGGAUAUGAUUGAAAUGUUGGACAAACUGAUAAUUUAUGCAUGCCGUGGGUCUAUAUUCCAGUUGUCUACGGUUUCACAGUUGUCACAGCAAUUUCUUACUACAAAUCAAGCCAGUUGUGCAAAUUGGCUUUCACGUUUAUAUCUACCUAUGAUGGCUGUUGCAUAUACAAGCAACAACUUCGCCCAAGUGGUACGUUUAGGAGGUUGUUCGUUGAGAGAUAUCGGAAAGCGCAUUGAAGAGAAAGGAAAUAAGGAUAGCAUUGACGAAAAAGGUGAAAUAGAUUCCGUUGCUCAUACAUGUAUUACUUGGAUGGUGAAAGCACUGAUCGAUCUGGGUCGUCCACAAGCAAUAUUGGGUUUGUAUGCAUGGGUAGAGAAGAUUUACGGCAAACAGUAUGUCUGGAUAAAAUGCGCAGCCCAAAUGGCUGCUGGAAGGGUCGAGCCUGCAUUGAAUGGUUUGAAGGAAUAUCUGGGUAAUGAAAAUUUAUCCGAAAAUAUACAGAAAACUAUACGACAGCUAAUCACAUAUGGCUUAGAAGUACUUCGAAAUUCGGAAGAAAUUGAUGUAUUUUGGCGAACAUUGUACGGUGGUCUGGAUUCCAAAAUGGAUAAAAUACCUGAUGGUUUCGAAGAACUUGCGUGGAAGAGGAUGAAAUCACUGACAACGUUUGAUAAUUAUUUAAAGGAUGAAUCAGUAGUGUCAGUCCCAUGGGAUAUUCGAAAUAGUUUUAUUCAUACAGAGCUCAAAUUGAUGGAGAUAGUUCAUGGUCGUUCUAAAGACUCUAAAGACAACAAGAAUGACAUCGUUGAUUUGACGCGACAGUUGAGUGACGAUGCGAAGAUUUUGAUGCUAGCGGAUACUGGUUUGCAGACCUUUACGCGUGCAAGCACAUUACAUUUAUUGGCUACUGCCGUAAAAGAUAGUCGGAAACCUUAUCAUAAACAAUCAAUUACCGCCAAUGUGGUCAAUCCAUCGUUCCUCUUCGAUUGGAGGAAUGGUCCACCGAUUCAGCGUCUUAUUAUCGGUCAGCAGUUGAGUAAUUGGUUACAAUAUACACAAACUAGAGAAAAUGGUGGAUCUUCAUCACUUCGAAUAAUUUCCGAUGAAGCAGCUUAUCAUCUCGAAAUGGCACGAUUAGCUCGAAAAACGAAAAAUUAUCGAUUAGCGGAAAACCAUAUCAAAAUGCAUUACAAUAAACGUCUUCCAACACUUGACAGCUUUCAACUGAGUAUUUUGCGUGGAGUUCGAGGAAACUGGAUAAGUGGAGCAACUGAUAAGGAAAACAAGCUAAAAAACAAUGUACCUGUGCAACUGCCUAUGCAACAGAGAUUAUACAAUUUCGAAAACCUUACUUCCAGUUAUGGUUUUUCGAAAAUGAUGUGGGCGAUAUCGGAAACGGCGGAUACCGAUCGUGCUCGCACUUUUUUACAAGGCAAAGCCUUCUCCUUGCUUAUGAAUGCUGUGGCUGAUGAAAUUGAUCGAUUGAUUUAUAAGAGUAAUUUAAUGUUCAACGGUACACCAGCUGUAGCCCCAGAUGCUCUCAUUGCUGUUCUAACACAGCAGCUUAACCACGCUAUCACUGAAGAUUCAUCAGUAUUAUCAGUUGGACCGGGAAUCGCAGCGAGUAAUCAGCAGCAGCUAGAGCAAAAUAAGGUUUCGGCAAAAGCAAUCAUUCAACUUGCUCGUUGGUUACAGAUGGAAUCCAGUUUGUUGCCAGUAGCUAUGAGCUAUUCGAUGCGUAUCGCUUUUCAUAUGUUUGGAGUUGAACAAUCCCAGUUACCUCUACUUGGUCCUUCUGGUAUUAUCGAUUCACUUGCUGGUGCUCUCUUGAGUACUUCUUGUAAAUUAUCACCACAUUUCGCGAAAGCUCAUCUGGAACUGGGUAACUGGGCGUUUAGAAGAGCUACUGAUGCUGACGGUGAAAUUAGAUUGUCAUUUAUAAGUGAAGAAUAUGAUACAGUGAAAUGGCAAAUUAAGAAAGCAUGCACGUCAGUAGAAGAUUCGGUAAUAGAAAAUCUGUUGCAGACAGUGCAAAAGUCUGCCAGUUUAGCUGCAGUUUUGCAGGACUGCAAGACUCUUGCGGGAAAUACAAUUAGCGAACAGACAUGUGAUGUAUUAUUUGGCCCGAGAAGUAUCAUUCAGGAAAUUUGGAAAGGAGCGAAUUCACGUCAUUUGGCUUUUUGUAACUGUGCGGCACAUUCUUACUUCGCUUAUAUAGCUGUGAGUGGACGUGAAACAAAAGAGGGUACAAUUGGAACAGUAAUGGCAACGCUACGAAUUUUACAAUUGCUGGUAAAAAAGCACGAUGCUUUGCACCACUUGAUUCUCAACGAAAUGCUUCAAGUAGAUGAAUUGAUGUGGAAAGAUAUUCUUCCACAAUUGUUUGCACGGCUGAAUCAUCCAGUGCGUGCAGUACGUGACACGCUUUGCACUAUACUGGAAAGAAUUGCAGCUACAUCACCCCACGCGCUUUGCUAUCCUGCAAUAGUUGGUGCCACCCAACCCAUUGUUAUUCACAACGAAUAUGUAGAUAACGGUGAAGUGGAGAAAAGUGAUUUCGUUGAUGUUAUCGAUGAAGAGAAGAAGAAACGUGCUGAUCAGGAUCGAUCACUAAUGUUUGAAUGUUGUCAACGCAUUGUAACACGAAUGCAAACAUUGUUUCCUGAUCUUGUCAAGGAUGUUACUGAAUUUGUUAAGGAGUUACAAAGGAUUGAUAUGCUGCAUGAAGAGCGUUGGACUUUUGUUUUGACGAAUUUGGAUCUCGAAAUGAAUCGUCGAAUUUUACAAAUUGAAGCAGAAAUGAUGAAAACUUUGAUGAAUGCACAUUUAAAUGAUAAUGAAAAAAGGAGAUUAUCCACGAGAAGACACUUAUAUUCACAUCUCUGGUAA